GGGAGCCUUACAAUGAUUUCCUUCUUGUAUAUGGCGUUGUCACCCAAAUACCCGUUUUCCCUUUUCCCUCCUAAUUUUAGCCCUAAACUUGUUCCCAUUCUAUCUUUUCUCUUUCAAUCUUUCUCCAAUUCCUACUAUUACCUUCAUUCUUUUCUUCUUCUUCUUCUUCCAUCCAUACUCCUGCAUUUUGGCUUCCACCUCCAAGAUGCACCACAACCAUUCCCUCCCAUGGUUGUGGACUAUUGCUUUGAUCUCCUCCAUCACAACCACCCUUGUUCAAUGCAAAACAUCUUCUCAAGAUGUUUCAGCCCUAAAUGUAAUGUACACAAGCUUGAAUUCUCCUUCCCAACUCACUGGCUGGAAAUCAAGCGGAGGCGAUCCUUGUGCUGAAUCCUGGGAAGGAAUCAAAUGCUCUUCUUCAUCCGUCACUGAAAUAAAUUUAUCUGACAUGGAUCUUAGCGGAUCAAUGGGCUACCAAUUGGCAAACUUGAAAUCAGUUACCUACUUUGAUUUGAGCAAAAACCAUUUCAACUCAGAUAUACCCUAUCAACUCCCUCCAAAUGCUCGUACCAUAGAUCUUUCUAACAAUCAAUUCAAAGGAUCUAUACCUUAUUCCUUUUCUCAGAUGAAGAAUCUCGAAUCUCUAUCUCUUGCACAUAAUAAGCUCAAUAACCAGCUGGGAGAUAUGUUUGCCAGCCUCACUAAACUCAAACAAUUGGAUGUAUCAUUCAAUUCACUAUCAGGAGACCUGCCUCAGAGUUUAAAAUCAGCCAAAAGCCUAAAGAAGAUACAUCUGCAAAACAAUAAACUCACUGGUUCAAUAAAUGUCCUUGCCCGCCUUCCACUUGAUGAUGUGAAUGUUGAGAACAACAAAUUUACAGGUUGGGUUCCUGAGUCGUUAAAGGAUAUAACUAGCUUGAGAACUGGAGGAAACUCUUGGUCAACUGGGCCAGCGCCACCUCCUCCCCCCGGUACGCCUCCUAUCGAGCGUCCCGAGAAAAAGGCUGAAAAAUCUGUUGUAACUGGAGUAGCUAUAGCCGGCAUAGCUGUUGCUGUGCUGAUUGUAAUCAUACUCGUUGUUGCUCUUUCUAAAAGAAGGUCAUCCGUACCUUCUUCACAUUUUAUUGAUGAUGAAGAUAGACGUAGCCAACACAGAUCUUUUACACCCCUUGCAUCUCAGGAGUUGACUAAAGAUUUAGGUCAUGAUGACUGCACAGAAUACAAAGGAUUUAAAGCAACGGAUUCCACUGCAAUCGACAUAAAGGCAUUACAAAAAUGUCCAUCAAUUGGUGUUAGGUCAUCAUCAGUCUCUGAUUGUGUGCAAACAUUUAGUGACAAUGAGUUUGCAAAUCGUCUAAAUUCUAAAAGAAGCACAUCAGUUCGUUGUACUCCUUUUUCAUUGGGAGAGUUGCAAAUUGGUACUGGUAACUUCGCUUCAGGCCGACUUCUUGGUGAAGGAAACCUUGGACCUGUUUAUCGUGCCAAAUAUGCCGAUGGAAAGGUAUUGGCUGUAAAAAAAAUCAACCCUUCAUUUUUUGAUGGGGGUCAUCCUGAGGAAUUCUCUCAGAUUAUAUCAAGCAUCUGCAAACUUCGUCAUCCAAAUAUUGCUGAGCUUGUUGGUUAUUGUUCAGAACAGGAGCAUAUGUUAAUAUAUGAUUAUUUCAGAAAUGGUUCUCUCCAUGACUUUUUACACUUAUCAGAUGACUUCAGCAAACCACUAACUUGGAACACCAGAAUCAGAAUUGCAUUGGGAACUGCUCGGGCUGUUGAGUACCUACAUGAAAGUUGUUCUCCGCCUUUAGUUCACAAGAAUAUCAAAUCUGCCAAUAUUUUGCUCGACACAGAUUUGAAUCCCCGUCUCUCAGACUAUGGUUUGGCAUCCUUCCACCAGCGUACUAGUCAAAAUCUCGGGGCAGGAUAUAAUGCACCAGAAUGCACAAAACCAUCAGCCUAUACCCUGAAGAGCGAUGUAUACAGUUUUGGCGUAGUGAUGCUUGAGCUUUUGACAGGUCGAAUGCCUCUAGACAGUUCAAAGCCAAAAGCAGAGCAAUGUCUGGUUCGUUGGGCUAACCCGCAGCUUCAUGACGUACUUGCUGUGGAAAAAAUGGUAGACCCUGCCUUGCGGGGACUUUACCCUCCUAAAUCACUCUUCCGGUUUGCUGACAUCAUCGCCCUUUGUGUUCAGUCUGAACCUGAAUUUCGGCCACCUGCAUCAGAGGUAGUUCAGGCAUUGGUGCGAUUAGUUCAGCGUUCAAGUGUGAAAAUGAGAGAAGAUCUUGGUGUGUUUGGUCGGAUAGAUGAUUAUGAUGAUUGAGACUCUUAAAUUAUUAUAUUGAAUGGAAGGAAGUGAAAACAUCUUUGCCAACCUCCUAGUUCUUCUUCAAUGGGAAUAUCUCUCCAUAGAAUUUUCAGUUGUUUUUCAAAGUUUUUUGUUUUACACUUUCAAAGUAGUUGUAGGUUUUACGAGAAAAGCUUGUGCAAAACUUGUUUUCAAGGGACAACUUUGGUUAGGAAGAUAAUUGUUGGGGGUGUGAAAAAAAAAAGUACUGGAUGCCGUAUAGAAGGGUUCAAUUUUAUGGGUAUUAUUAGGUAAGAUUUGAGAAAUUGUAAGUUUGUAAUUAGUAAAUAGUCGAUAUGCUUUUAGAUAA